GGCGGCCGCUGCGAGUCGCGGGUUCGAGUCCCGGCGCGGGCGGAGGGAAGCGACACCGGCUUAAUUUGGGGGGUGUGACAGCGAAUUGAGCGGGGGGAGUGACACCGAAUUAACGGGGGGGUCACAGGGGAACCCCCCAUCAUGGCUCGGGACAAGGAGAAGCGGAGCUGCGGGCAAAUCAUGGCCGAAUGGCGGGAGUUUAUCUGGGACCCCCGGAGCCGCCAGUUCCUGGGGAGAACUGGGACCAGUUGGGGGCUGAUCCUGCUCUUCUACCUGGUGUUCUAUGGCUUCCUGGCCGGGCUCUUUGCUCUCACCAUGUGGGUUUUGCUGCAAAGCGUCGACCCCCACAAACCCACCUACCAGGACCGGCUGCACACGCCUGGGAUGAUGAUCCGCCCCCGGGCCGAGGGUCUGGACGUCACGUUCAACGUCACCCAGAGCCAGACCUGGAGCCACCUCGUGCGCGGCCUCCACCAGUUCCUGGAGCCGUACAACGACAGCGUCCAGGCCGCCCGCAACGCCGCCUGCGUCCCCGGGCGCUACAACGAGCAGCCUGACGACUCGGUGCCCAAUUACCCCAAACGAGCCUGUCGCUUCAACCGGUCCAUACUGGGACCCUGCGCCGGACUGGACCCGGGCGACGACACCUACGGCUACAGCACCGGCCGGCCCUGCGUCCUGCUCAAGGUCAACCGGGUCAUUAAUUUCUUCCCAGGGAGGAACAAGAGCAUCAAUGUCGAGUGUGCGGCGAAGCGCGAGGAGGACGCCGCCCUCCUGGGGCCCCUCCAGCUCUUCCCCCCCAACGGCUCCAUCGACCUCAUGUAUUUCCCCUACUACGGCAAGAGAGUCCAUGUGAACUACACGCAGCCCGUGGUGGCCGUUCUGUUCACCAACGCCACGUCCAACGUGGAUCACCACGUGGAGUGUCGCCUGCGCGCCGAGGGGCUGCGGCCGCACGACGAGCGCGACAAGUUCGCCGGCCGCGUCGCCUUCCGCCUGCGCAUCAACCGCGAAUGAGCCCCAGACCCCAAAACCCCCCUAAACCCCCCAAAAACCCCCAAAACCCCCCCAAAACCCACC